AUGCGUCUUUCAAUUCUCAGCGCCGCAUGUGGCUUGGCAGCAUGUGCAGCUGCUGUGGCGAUGCCUCAAUCCCACUCUCACUUCUAUGUGCGCUCAACCAAGAGCAGCACAGAAGAAAGACUCGGGUUCUUCACUGGAACAUGCACGGAGAAAGAGAUGACUGUCCGCAAGGAGUGGCGCAACCUGUCAAAGACCGAGCAGAACAAUUUCCUGGACGCUGUUCAAUGCCUAAUGGACAAGCCUCCCAAGUCCGGUCUGGCUGCCACUACCAGCCGGUUUAGUGAUCUUCAGGCUCUUCAUCGUGGAAUGUCCAACACCGCUUAUGCUGAUAUAAUCCACCACGUUGAUGGUCGAUUCUCAAACUACACUCUGCACAUCGGACCCGGCGAUGAAGACACAAACUGUCUGCAACGCGCCUGGAACGCCGAGAUGGCAGUUUCUAACGCCAACAGUACCUCUCUCGACAUGUGUAAUGCAUACAAUACUUAUUCACCCUGGUGGGAUUGGAUAUCGAAUAUCCCGCAUAAGGGUGUGCAUACUUACAUUGGAGGCGUGAUGGCCGACAUAAAAUCAUCCCCAGACGAUCCAAUCUUCUUCAUGCACCACAUGUACGUCGAUCGUGUGUGGUGGCUGUGGCAGAAGAAAGAUCCGGUCAACAGACACUACGAUAUCAACGGCCCGACUCUGAAUGAAAACGCUAAUGUCGAGCCCGCUGGUGGAUGA